AUGAUGAGCGCUACAGAAGCAGUUGCCCCAAAACGAGAGAAGAUACCAAGAGCAAAAAAGAAGGAAUCCCUCGACCACGACAACAUGAUGUAUAACAACGCAGUCACCAUAGUACAGAACUCCUACGUCUGUCCGUUCCAUAAUAGAAUCAGCAACUACUACUGUUACUACUGCAAGGACCAGUUCGUGAACCCCAUAGAGUUAAGGGACCAUACGUUGUCCCAUGACCCAAAAGAACUCUUUGAAAGUAUGAUGGAAAACAAGAAAAUACCCAAAAUAGAUAUCACAAGAAUCGAUUGCAGAUUGUGUCCGGACAAAAUAGACGAUAUCGAUACUUUCAAGCGGCACAUCACUAAUACCCAUGGAAAGAUCAUAUACCCAGUUGACAACGAAUUCCUCAAAUUCAGACUGACUUCAAACAAUCUAGCGUGUACAGAAUGCAACAGUGUGUUCCCGUAUUUCGAUAUGUUAAAAAAACACAUGAUCGACCAUUUUGGCACUUAUAUUUGCGAUAUGUGCGGAGCGUGCUUUCUCGAGCAAAACUCACUGCGAACUCACAUCAAAUCUCACAACAAAGUCGAAGCGAAUUUCCCUUGUGAAGUCUGCGGGAAGAAUCUAAAAUCUAAGUACAGCCGAUAUUUACACGUAGCCACUGUACACGAAAAGAAACCAACAGUUAAUUGUUAUAAAUGUGAAGCAAGUUUUCUGUCUUAUGCUCAAAGGAACAAGCAUUUGAUAGAAGUCCACGGAGACAAGAGGACGUUUCCUUGCAAAUUGUGUGACAAAGUGUAUAAUAGGAGGAAGACAUUAAUGGAGCAUAACAGAAGAAAUCAUUUGAAAGUGUACCGGCAUCAGUGUGAUUUGUGCGAUCAGAGGUUUUACCUUCCAUCGAGGUUGAAAGAGCAUAUGGCAACGCACACCGGUGAAAGAAAUUUCAGAUGUGAGUUCUGUGAAAAAAGCUACCCGAGGCUGCAGUCUCUCCAAGAGCAUAUUAGGUCUCACAGUAACGACAGAAGGUACAAAUGCGAUCUGUGCAACUCAGCGUUCACUCAGAAUGGGAGUCUCAAGAAUCAUAUGAAGAGUCACCACCAAGGGUACGACUUGGAUACGAGUUUUAGUUGAAUUAAUGUGAAUGUGUUUUUUAUUUAUUUAUUACAUGAAUUGAUGAUCAAA